AUGAGUGCUGCUGCUCCAUUGCUGUGUUUGUCUGCUUGUAAUGUGAUCGCUCGGGUGUAUCAGCUGACGAAAAUAGGUCUAAAUCACCGCGAGUUUCAGCAGUUAAUGGCAGACAUUGAUGCAGAGUACAGUGAUGUGAAGUAUUUUUGUGAGGUAAGGUGGCUAAGCAAAGCAGGAAUGUUGAAGAAAGCAUAUGACCUUUUGGAAGAAAUUGUGCUGUUCUUAGAUAUGAAAGGUAAUGCUAUCCCUGAAUUGAGAAAUAAGGAAUGGAGAUGUGACUUAGCAUUUUUAGUAGAUAUAACUGAUCAUCUCAGUGUACUGAAUGUUAGACUUCAAGGAAAAGAUCAACUAAUAAAUGAGAUGUUCUCACUGAUCAAAGGCUUCCAGAUAAAAUUGCGUCUAUGGGAGUCACAAAUCAGAAACAAGAACCCAUCCCACUUUCCUACACUGAAAAACCAUGACACUAGCAACCUUCAGUAUCAUAAGUAUGGUGACAAGUUGGCAGUUUUACGAGAGGAAUUUUCAGAAAGAUUUGGUGACCUCAAGAAACAUUCACAAGCCAUUGAAGUCUUUGCUUCUCCUUUUUCUGUGGAUGUGACAGCAAUUCCCGAGGAUAUGCAAAUGGAAAUAAUCGAACUACAAUGCAAUGAUGAGCUAAAAAAGAAGUUUGAUGAUAGUUCAGUAUACCAGUUUUAUAAGAAGCAUGUAUCAGUAACAGUGUAUCCAAAACUCUCUGCUCAUGCAAGGAAAAUGAUGGCAGUGUUUGUGUCAUGCAGAAGUAAAUGGCCUUUGCCACCCCGUAAACCAAGGCAACCUCACUUUUUAAAUUAUUUUGCUGGCUAUCCUUUCGGCUCAGCUCCCGGCAAUCCUCUGCCUUCCACCGCCUACCUUCACCAUGUCAACAAUGUACAUGGCCUCUGGUGA